AUGCCCCAGAGCAAGUCAAGAACUCCCCCCUCGGCGGAGUGCUCAGGUCAGACCCAUGCUGAACCCAUGGAGCCCGCACAGAGAGAGCCGCCCGAGGGAGCCGAGGACGAGCCCAACGUGGGGGACAGCGAGAUCGUCAAGUCUCCCAGCGACCCCAAACAGUACAGGCAAUCACUGUCAGCGGUGGGACCCUCAACAGAAAAGCAUGUCUCUCGGCAUGGGCGUGGCUGA